AUGGGCCAUAUCUGUGCUUUACCCAACCGGUCUAUCUCGCCAGAAGAGGCUUUCAUUGCAAACGAUAUCGUGGUCUUCUGUGGUCAGAACGCCUGCUCAUUCACUAAAUACCGCGACUUUGCUAUAGCGCUAGGCAAAGCAUUGAACGUGGGAGGUCGACCGAUUCUGUCUCAAGUCAGAGCCUCGUUCUCAGUCCUGGCACUCAUAAACCCAAAUAGUGCAAGUGAUGUGGCCCAGCUCGCUGAGCGUCGGUGGACACGUCAGCAGCUCGGUGGCAUACCACUGUGUGAGCCGCUCGAAAGCCUACUGGACAAUGUGCAUCUUCAGGUGGCGAAGAUCAGAACCGGUUCGAAUACCGGCUAUGACUCCAGAAGGGAUCUUCUGAAAGUCUUGGCGCGUGGCAAUAUCACAGAUGCCAGUGACCCGCGGGAUUACAUCUACGCACUUCUGGGCCUGCCGGACUCCAUCACUCGUCGCUCCGGUGACAAGCCUGAUAAUGUCGCCAAUGACAAGAUAAGCCUGAUCAUAGACUACACUAGGAGCUCGCCGAAGUGUUCACAGACGUUACCAGCAUAUUGUGAAAAGCACUGA